CCCCUCCGCUCGCCUCGAUCUCGGAAGUCGCGCGCGAGGGCUCGCCCGGAGGCAGCCGUAGCUGGAGCGCGAGGCCGGGAGCCCGGCGAGAGGCGGCGCCAUGCCCUUGGCUAGAGAUUUACUCCAUCCGUCCUUGGAAGACGAGAAGAAAAAACAUAAAAAGAAACGGCUAGUUCAAAGUCCAAAUUCUUAUUUUAUGGAUGUAAAAUGUCCAGGUUGCUACAAGAUUACCACGGUUUUCAGCCAUGCUCAGACAGUGGUUCUUUGUGUAGGCUGUUCCACAGUGCUGUGCCAACCUACAGGAGGGAAAGCCAGGCUUACAGAAGGUUGUUCCUUUAGAAGAAAGCAACACUAAUGAUCUAUACAACUUUCUGAAUUUACAUUUCCUCACAGAAAGCCUUACCAGAAGUUCAGUGACUCUACCAAGAUAAUGUAAUUAUGUUUGAUUUUGUAAGGUACACAACAAUGAUUUCCUAUUUUGGUGUCUGUUUUUCAAUAAAGUUUUGAUUAUGG